GGACCUUAUUUCCUUGUAUUCCAUUGGAGAGAAAAGGUGUUGUUCUUUCGUCUACUCCACUCUCCACUGAGCAUUCCCAUCCAAUCCCAGGCAAAGAAGACGAAGCUGUUCUCUGCAGUUUGAUGACGAGUUCGCAUUCGCAGCCUCUGUCACCAGAGAAUUUCAGAGACCUCUUCGAUUCCGUCGAAGCUUUUCUCUUCGAUUGCGAUGGUGUGAUUUGGAAGGGUGAUGAACUCAUCGAUGGCGCUUCCGAAACUCUCCACAUGCUUCGUUCAAAGGGGAAGAAGCUCGUCUUUGUCACCAAUAAUUCCUUGAAAUCCAGGUCCAAAUACGCCGAAAAGUUCUGUUCCUUGGGGAUUCCUGUUUCACAGGAUGAGAUCUUCUCAUCCUCUUUUGCUGCUGCUAUGUAUUUGAAGCUCAACAAUUUCCCUUCACAGAACAAGGUUUAUGUAAUUGGUGGAGAAGGUAUAUUGGAGGAGUUGCAGCUUGCUGGCUUCACAGCUUUUGGUGGGCCUGGAGAUGCGAAUAAAGCAGUAGACCUGAAGCAGAUUGGCUUUUUUGAACAUGAUAAGAGUGUUGGAGCUGUAGUGGUUGGUAUAGAUCCAAACAUUAACUAUUACAAGCUUCAGUAUGGAACCCUUUGCAUACGCGAAAAUCCAGGAUGCCUUUUCAUUGCUACCAACCGUGAUGCAGUAGGACAUAUGACUGCUUUCCAAGAAUGGCCAGGUGCGGGUUGUAUGGUUGCUGCAAUAUGUGGAUCAACCCAGAAGGAGCCUGUUGUAGUGGGGAAGCCAUCAAAUUUUAUGAUGGAGUUUUUACUUAAGAAAUUCAACCUAAGUAGCUCCAAGAUGUGUAUGGUGGGUGAUAGAUUAGAUACUGAUAUACUGUUUGGGUUUUCUGAGUUAUUGGAUGGUCGUAUUAAUUUUGUGGUGGAUAUCAAAGGGAAAAAUUAA